AUGCAACCCCCCUGUGAACAUGAAGACACAAGCCUGCUGCUCCAGCCACUGUUGGAGGGACAGAGUUAUGGAGCUGCUGCAGCAGAUGGGACCCAGUGUCCAUCAGUGGCUGUGCCAAGGAACAGCUCAGCAAAGAGGGAUUACCUGGUAGUUGCCGUGCUGUGCUUUGGGAAUUUAAUAAAUUUCAUUGAUUGGUUCAUUGUGCCAGGGAUCCUGUUGGAUAUACAGAAAUACUUUGGGCUCAGUGAUGGGAAGACAGGUCUACUGCAGACAGUCUUCACCUUGUGUUACAUGCUGGCUGCCCCCAUCUUUGGAUACCUGGGAGAUCGCUACAACAGGAAGAUCAUCCUUGGAGCUGGGAUUUUCUUCUGGUCUGGAGUGACCCUGGGGAGCUCAUUCAUCACUCAGUCACAUUACAGGAUAUUUGUUCUUUCACGAGGACUGGUUGGCAUUGGCUCUGCCAGUUACUCCACUAUAGCACCUACCAUCAUUGCAGACCUGUUUGAGGAAGGAAAAAGGACCACAGUGUUAUCUAUCUUCUACAUCUUCAUUCCAGUGGGCAGUGGCUGUGGUUAUAUGCUGGCAGCUGGCAUGGCAAAAAGCACAGGUGACUGGCACUGGGCAUUCAGGGUAACUCCUUGCAUGGGAGGACUGGCACUGCUUCUCCUGAUUCUACUGGUCCCUCACAGGAUCCAGAGAAAGACAGCAGCCCACAGAGCACUCAGCAUCUCUGGCAUGAUAGGAGGAGCAGAUGAGAAGCCAGAUGUAUACAGAGCUACUAGGACCAGUUGGUGUCAAGAUGUGGGAUCACUUGUGAAGAACUGUAGUUUUGUCUGUUCCUCACUGGGUCUGACUGCCAUGGCCUUUGUCACUGGAGCCCUGGGAAUGUGGAUGCCACUGUUUCUGUACAGAGCUCAGGUUGUCCAGGGCCUUGUCCCACCAUGCCUCCAGGACUCCUGCAAUUCAUCUAACAGCCUAAUAUUUGGAGGCAUCACCAUUGGGACAGGAAUCUUGGGUAUUAUUGCUGGGGCAGAAGCUGCAAGACGUUUAAGGAAGAUAAACAACAAAGCUGAUCCUCUGAUCUGUGCCACAAGCAUGUUCAUGUCUGCCCUGUGCCUCUACAUAGCUCUGAUGGUGGCCCAGACAAACAUCCUUUCCACUUUUAUUUUUAUUGCAUUUGGAGAACUGUUUUUGUCUGUAAACUGGGCUGUUGUGACAGACAUACUGCUGUACGUGGUGGCUCCGAGGCGACAAUCCACGGCCAUUGCCCUGCAGAUUUUGGUGAGCCAUUUACUGGGAGAUGCAGGCAGCCCAUACCUCAUUGGAGCUAUCUCCAAUGCCAUCCAGGCCAGGAACGUGCCCUCACUGCAGUGGAGUUUCAGGAGCAUGCAGUACAGCUUUGUCACCUGUGCCUUUGUGGGGGUCUUUGGAGGAGGAUUUUUCCUUCUGACAUCUUUCUACAUCGAGGAAGAUCGGAAAGAAGCACAGAGGAUCUGAGGUGUCUGUGUGUCUUUGUAACUUUGAAACCUGGAGGUGGUGUCACCUGUGUGACACCAGCCAUGGGAUUGUCUCUGUAACAUUAAACCAUGUUAAUGUCUGCCUUAUGGUAAUGCCACAUCCGUGUCUAUAAAAAAGAUAAGGACAAAAUUUCAGUGAAGCCUCAGAUUAAACAAACCUUUCACACAAACAGACCACAGAGCUCACAAGCAAAAUGCUGUUAGUGCAAAAAGCUGCAGUACAUGGAAACAGCACCCUUUACUGUAGUGCACCCCUGCAGACUUCAUGGAACAUGAGGUUCUUUUUCUACUCUGCUCUUUCUAGCCCUGUAGAACCAGUCCUGUCUCUCUGUAGCACUUCUCCCUCUUUCCAAAAGAAGUCACGUUCAAAGUAUAGAAGAUUUACAAAAAAAACUUUUGGGUUGGACAGAGCCCUGUCCUCAAGCACCUGGAUUCUUACAGCCCCCUUCUGCUCAGACUUGGUUUUCCAGGCACCAGCAAUGAACUGUCCCUCAAAGGAAGAUGAACUCUGGGGAGAGAUUUGCACAGAAGAAAAGAAUGUCCUCCCUUUUUUCCUCCCUUUUUUGCUUAAUGAGAUACAGCUGGGGAAAAGGCCAAAUCACAAUUCCUCCAUAUGGCACAAAAUCCUGCACACAGAAUUUUUGGAUGCUUUUGACUGCGAGUCAAAAAUUGCUCAUGCAUUGGCAUAUGGCAACUCUCCUCCCCCAUCCACAACCAGACCCUUGUCCUCUGUGGGCUGGGGAGCUCCAGAGGGUGUUUUACAGAGCUGUCACCAGCAUGGCUGCUGACCUCAACAAGGCAGGAGC